AUGUCUGUCACGCUCCAUACGAGUCAAGGCGAUCUGAAAGUUGAGCUGUUCUGUGAAGCAGUCCCCAAGACCGCCCAAAACUUCCUUGCCCUAUGCGCGUGCGGCGCAUAUAAUGAUACACCAUUUCACCGAUUAAUCCCAGGAUUCAUGAUCCAAGGUGGCGACAUCUCCUUAGGACCAGCUGCAAAACCUUCAAGCUCUACAAAACCAAUACUCCCAUUUGACAUCCCGAAAGGCGGCACAUCCAUAUACCACCCCUCAGCAAUGAACCAAGAGAUUAACUUACCGGCUCUACGACACAAUGCGCGCGGCAUUCUUUCCAUGGCUUCUCGCCCAGUCAAAGAUAAAACAGUACCCGGCUCACAGAAUGCGACUGGCACGACCGCAAAUGGCAGUCAGUUUUUUAUUGCCUUUGCGCCAGCACCGCAUCUUGAUGGAGCUAGCACUGUCUUUGGAAAAGUCUUGAAUCUGAGUGCACAGGAUGAGGGCGGUGAUGUGCUCUCGAAGCUCGAAAAGGCUAACGCCAAGAUCGAUAAAAAAGGAAAGGUUUCACAGCCCAAGGAGGGUGACGAGUUUGAGGCUCUUCGAAUUAAUAAAGUUACGAUCCAUGCGAAUCCAUUUGCGAAGUGA